UCGGGAGCUGAGAUCCAAGGGAGGAAGGGGAGGGAAGGAGAGGUCGGCCAGCUCCGAUCCGUCUCUCCGCCACCCGCCCGCCCGCCCGCCAUGGGGUGCCUCCUCCGCGCGGCCGUCUUCGCCGUGGCGAUCUUCCUCCUCGCCACCUCCGGCGAGGCGUUCUUUGACGUCUUCAGUAUCUUCCGCCCGCGCUCCGAGAGCGACUACUUCCAGAACGCCUUCGACGGGUCGCAGGAGCAGGUGAUGCCGCAGCAGCAGAUCGAGCAGGAGGAGCAGGGCGCCGCGCCGGCCACCGCCACCGGCCUCACCAAGGUUCCGCCGCUGGGACCGCCCAGCAAGGCGGCGCAGGACAGCAUCGUGCUCCCCGUUGAUCACGCCGCUGGCCCCGCCGGCACGUGGACGAUCGCCAGCGAGAACUCCGGCGUGUCGGCCAUGCACCUCGUCGUGAUGCGCCACGGCAAGGCCGUCAUGUUCGACACCAGCACCACCGGCCGGUCGCUGAUGCGGCUCCCCAUGGAGAACUGCCGCGCCGACCCGCGCGCCAAGGAGGCCGGCACCAUGGACUGCUGGGCGCACGCCGUCGAGUUCGACUACAGCACCAACGCGCUCCGGUCGCUCAAGAUCGUCACCGACACUUGGUGCUCGUCCGGUGCCCUCGACGCCGACGGCAACCUGGUGCAGACCGGCGGCUACUUCGAGGGCGAGAAGGCGGUGAGGCACCUCGGCGCCUGCGACACCUGCGACUGGCGCGAGUACCCCAACAGCUUCGCCGAGGGGAGGUGGUACGCCACGCAGCAGGUGCUCCCCGACGGCAGGUUCAUCGUCUUCGGCGGCCGGCGAGCCUUCAGCUACGAGUUCGUGCCGCAGCCGGGGCAGACCAACGGCCAGGCCGUCCAGUUCCCGCUCCUCCGCGAGACCACCGACGACGUCGAGAACAACCUCUACCCGUUCGUAAACCUCCUCCCCGACGGCAACCUCUUCGUCUUCGCCAACGACCGCUCCGUCAUCUUCGACUACCGGACCGGCAAGGUCGUCCGCGAGCUCCCCAAGCUCGCCGGCGGCGGGCGGAACUACCCUGCCUCGGCGAUGUCGGCGCUCCUCCCGCUCGACCUCCGCAACUUGUCGAGGGGCGCCGACCCGGAGCCGGAGGUCAUCAUCUGCGGCGGCGCGCUCAAGACGGCGUUCAGGCUCGGCGAGAACAACACGUUCCAGCCGACGCUCCGCGACUGCGCCCGCAUCAACCUGGCCAAGAUCGACGCGCAGUGGGCGGUGGAGGCGAUGCCGGUGGGCCGCGUCAUGGGCGACAUGCUCGUCCUCCCCACCGGCGACCUGCUCAUGCUCAGCGGCGCCGCCAAGGGGUGCUCUGGGUGGGGCUUCGCGCGGCAGCCGAUCCUGUCCCCGAUCCUCUACUCCCCGCGGCAGCCGGAGGGGUCGCGGUUCCGGCCGCUGGCGGCGUCGACCGUCGAGCGGAUGUACCACUCCACCAGCGCCGUGCUGCCCGACGCCACGGUGCUCGUGGCCGGCGGCAACACCAACGCGGCGUACAACUUCAGCGGCGUCGACUUCCCCACCGAGGUGCGCGUCGAGCGGUUCUCCCCGCCGUACCUCAGCAGCGAGCUCGCCGGGAACCGGCCGGUGAUCGACAUCGCGUCGGUGCCGGCGAACGGCAUGAAGUACGGCGCCAAGUUCACCUUCAGGUUCCACACGCCGGUGGCGGCCGUGGUGGAGGCCGACGUGAGGGUGACCAUGUACGCGCCGCCCUUCACGACGCACGGCUACUCCAUGAACCAGCGGAUGCUCGUCCUCCCGGUCACCGGGUUCACCGGGCAGGGGCAGAUGUACGACCUCACCGUCGACGCGCCGCGGAAGCCGGAGCUGGCGCCGGCGGGGUACUACCUCGUGUUCGUGGUAGCCAAGGACGUGCCCAGCUCGGCCGCAUGGGUGAAAAUACAGUGAUCUUUGUGUAUGGCACUGGAGUGGGCGCGAUAAAUUGAUCCAUGUACUCUUCUUCAUUCUUGUCCUCUUCUGGUUUUAACUAGGGAUAUACAGAAUCAGAUUGACCAAACUGCCAGCUGAGAUUUAUUAUGCGCUUCAUAAUUCUUAUGCUUGCAUGAAAAAUAAGGCAAAACAUGAGCGAAUUAGGUGUAGCAAAUCUGCAAUAACCAAGGCUCAUAACAACAGACAGUGUUUUUUUAUUAUUUUUAAAAAAGACAAGGUUUACUUGUAUAAUAGUUCAAGAAUGGUAAAAGAAUUCAUGAGUUAAUAGGCUUCAGGACUGUUAAACUUGUUAGC